GGGGGGAUCCGGACUCGGGGCGGGGUUCCGGGGAUGAUUCGGGGCUUGGUGGCCGCAGCCUGGUGGGGUCUGCACCGCCUGGACUCUGCGGGAUCUGCCUCCGCCCCCGGAUGGGCCGGGAGGGUGGGCGGAGCUAGCUGGAGCCCGCGCCCGGCGCGCCCGCAGCCCGCUUAGGCGCCGGCAGUCCCCGGCCGUAGUGCGCGACGCUCCCCCGGAGCUGCGGCUGCCAGGUCUGGGGUCCUGAGGCGGCUGGCGGACUAUGGGUACAACAGCAAGCACGGCCCAGCAGACAGUCUCGGCGGGCACCUCCUUAGAGGGCCUGCAGGGCGGCAGCGCCAUGGAUGGCAGGCAUUCCCUCAGCGUGCAGUCUUUCCACACCACAAGCCUGCACAAUAGCAAGGCCAAGUCCAUCAUCCCCAACAAGGUGGCCCCUGUUGUGAUCACGUACAACUGCAAGGAGGAGUUCCAGAUCCACGAUGAGCUGCUCAAGGCCCAUUACAGGAUGGGCAGGCUCUCCGAUGCCACCCCUGAGCACUACCUAGUGCAGGGCCGCUAUUUCCUGGUGCGUGACGUCACUGAGAAGAUGGACACGCUGGGCACCUUGGGGAGCUGUGGGGCUCCCAACUUCCGGCAGGUGCGGGGCGGACUCCCUGUGUUUGGCAUGGGACAGCCCAGCCUCCUGGGGUUCAGGAGGGUCCUGCAGAAACUCCAGAAGGACGGGCACAAGGAGUGCAUCAUCUUCUGCGUGCGGGAGGAGCCGGUGCUGUUCCUGCGUGCCGAGGAGGACUUCGUGUCCUACACGCCCCGAGACAAGGAGAGCCUUCGUGAGAACCUCAGGGGCCCUGGGCCGGGGGUCAAGGCUGAGAGCCUGGAGCUGGCCAUCCGGAAAGAGAUCCACGACUUUGCCCAGCUGAGAGAGAACACGUACCACGUGUACCACAACACAGAGGACCUGCGUGGGGAGCCGCGCACCGUGGCCAUCCGAGGUGAGGAUGAUGUGCACGUGACCGAGGAGGUGUAUAAGCGGCCGCUGUUCCUGCAGCCCACCUACAGGUAUCACCGUCUCCCCCUGCCAGAGCAAGGGGCCCCCCUGGAAGCCCAGUUUGAUGCCUUUGUUAGUGUCCUCCGGGAGACCCCCAGCCUCCUGCGGCUCCGAGACACCCACGGCCUUCCCCCUGCCCUUCUGUUCAGCUGCCAGUCAGGUGUGGGCAGGACCAACCUGGGCAUGGUCCUGGGUACUCUUGUGCUGUUCCACCAUGGGAGAGCCACCUCCCAGCCAGAGGCUGCCUCCUUGCUGACCAAAGCCCUGCCCAUGGAGCAGUUUCAAGUGAUUCAAGGCUUCGUCAGCAUGGUGCCCCAGGGGAGGAAGAUGGUAGAGGAGGUGGAUCGGGCUGUCACCGCCUGUGCAGAGCUGCAUGACCUGAAGGAAGAGGUCCUAAAGAACCAGAGGAAGCUGGAAGGCAUCCGGCCAGAGAGCCCAGCGCAGCAAAGUGGCACCCAGCAUGCUGUCCAGCAGAGGGCGCUGCGGAGCCUGGAGCUGUACUUCUACCUGGUCCUGUUUAACUACUAUCUGCAUGAGCAGUACCCGCUGGCCUUCGCCCUCAGUUUCAGUCGAUGGCUGUGUACCCACCCUGAGCUGUACCGUCUGCCCGUGAUGCUGAGUUCAGUGGGGCCCGUGGCCCCUGGGGACCUCAUCGCCAAGGGCUCCCUGGAAGCAGACGAUCUUGUUUCCCCGGAUGAGCUCAGCACCGUCAGAGAGAUGGACGUCGCCAACUUCCGGCGUGUACCUCGCAUGCCUAUCUACGGCACCGCCCAGCCCAGUGCCAAGGCCCUAGGCGGCAUCCUGGCCUACCUGUCUGAUGCCAAGAGGAAACUACGGCAGGUGGUCUGGAUCAACCUGAGGGAGGAGGUUGUCCUGGAGUGUGAUGGUCACAUCCACAGCCUGUGGCCACCCGGACCAACCCUGGCCCCUGAGCAGCUGGAGGCCCUGGAGGCCCAGCUGAAGGCCUACCUGAGUGCUCCUGCCCCCAACACGAAGAACCCUCCCACCCCCAGGUUCCAGAAGUGCCUGACCACACAGGAGGUCUUCAGCCAGCACCAGGGGCCCUGCCUUGGCCUUACCUACCACCGUAUUCCCGUACCAGACUUCUGUGCCCCCCGGGAGGAGGACUUUGACCGGCUGCUUGAGGCCGUGCGGGCUGCUCUCUCCAAGGACCCGGACACAGGCUUCGUCUUCAGCUGCCUUAGCGGCCAGGGCCGGACCACCACCGCCAUGGUGGUGGCUGUCCUGGCCUGCUGGCACAUCGGGGGCUGUCCCGAGGUGGGCGAGGAGGAGCUGGUGAGCGUGCCUGAUGCCAAGUUCACCAAGGGCGAGUUUCAGGUGGUGAUGAAGGUGGUACAGCUGCUGCCCGAUGGCCACCAUGUGAAGAAGGAGGUGGAUGCGGCGCUGGACACCGUCAGCGAGACCAUGACACCCAUGCAUUAUCACCUUCGGGAGAUUAUUAUCUGUACCUACCGACAGGCAAAGGCCACCAGAGAGGCCCAGGAGGCUCGGCGGUUGCAGCUGCGGAGCCUGCAGUACCUGGAGCGCUACAUCUACCUGAUCCUCUUCAACGCCUACCUCCGCCUGGAGAAGGCCAGCUCCUGGCAGAGACCCUUCGCCACCUGGAUGCGGGAGGUGGCAACCAAAGCUGGCAUCUACGAGAUCCUCAACCAACUGGGCUUCCCUGAGCUGGAAAGCGUGGAAGAGCAGCCCCUGUCAAGGCUCCGCCAUCGCUGGCAGGAGCAGAGCCGAGACCCGGAGCCCUGUGAUGUCGGGGACUUACUGUAGACCUUCUUCUUCUUGCUCCAUGACAGGCAGGCAGGCUGGGGGCCCGAGGCUCUCAUUGCUCCAGAUGAACACUGGCCAGCUUCCCGGAGAGACUGAGGGGCCAAGAGCCUUUGGAAGGAGGUUUUUGUAGGAUGUGUCGAUGGCACAGCCAUUCUCUGUUAAACCCUUGGGGUAUGUGAUGGCCUCUGGCAGGGCCCAGCAUGUGUACCUCACAGACCAGCUCACGAACAGCCUCCAGGGAGCCCGCGCCCCACACAGCCAGUCACUACCACCGUCCUCUUCUUACUGUUGGCCAUCAGACUGCCUAGGUGGGCAGCAGGCUGGCCAUGUUCGUUUUUGUUUUUUUUUUCUAACUUCCUUCCUCUGGCUGGCUUGCUCUUGCUUCCUCACACUUUCAGCCUAAGCAACUGCCUGAGGUAGGCGAAGGGGAUGGCGAGCUGGGCAGCUCUGCCCAGCUCCUCCUGGCUCAUGAGUGUCGCCAGCCUGGAAGACUGAGAGGCGAGCUCCCCCCCCCCCACUCCCCUCCCCACCCCGGCUUCCUUCUCUAGACUGGCAGAGGUGGAAGUUCCCGGGGCAUUGGAAAUAUCAGGGAGACCCUCCCAGGGUGGGGAAAGGGCGUGUGGAGGAGGCCAGGGAGGCCGUGAAGAGGAGGGAGCUGUGUGUCGGAAGCCUGUUGACAGGGGUCAAGGGUGACUCUGGGGAGGAAGUGGAGGGUGAGACAGGCAGGGCCGUGGUGGUUUGUCGGGCCUCAGGUUCCAGGUCCGCCCUUGCCGGGACCCCUGAGUGUCCUUGGGACACUGCGGAGUUCUGAGCAGUUCUGUUCACUCAGUAGGAAGGCGAGCAUAGAGGGCUGUGUUUGGUGAGUCUUGGCUGGGACUGUAGUUUGCUCCAUCCAGUGGUUGCACAUCUGGGAGCUUGGUUACCUGUCUGACUCUGUGGGGACAGGGAAGAGUCUCUGAGGCUCCCGUCCUUCAGCAGGAAGGUGGAAAGACCUGUCAGCCGGAAGCUGUAACAUUUGAAGAGGCCAAAAGUUGUUUCCUGCCUGGGGAAGUAGUGACCCUCUUAGCCAACUUCUUUUGCAAGCUGCUGUAUGUCUGUUCACGGCUUCUCAGGUUUGCUGGUGUCUGCUUUGUGCAUAUCAGUUAUUUUCAGAUAAGUAACCAAGGAGUCAGAGACCAGAGAGGGGCCCUUCACACUCUCUUGGUUGGCACUGACUUGGAGAUAUGCUGGGACCACUGGCAGAUCACUUUACCUCUCUCCCUCAGUUUCCCCAUCUGCAAAAUGGGAGAAUAAUACUUGCCUACCUACCUCACAGGGAUGUUGUGAGGAAUCCUUCAUGGUUUUUUUUGUUUUUGUUUUUUUUUGUACAGAGCUUUUGAGCAUUAAAAACAGUAUAAACGUUCA